AUGAACGCAUCAACGUCAAGCAGGAGCAAGAAGAAGCAGCCGCAGCAGGAAGCAACGGGAGGGAGGUUUCUGGGGGUUCGUCGGAGGCCAUGGGGAAGAUACGCGGCGGAGAUAAGAGACCCUACCACCAAAGAAAGGCAUUGGCUCGGCACCUUUGACACCGCCGAAGAGGCAGCUUUGGCCUAUGACAGAGCCGCCCGCUCCAUGCGCGGCCCUCGUGCCCGCACCAACUUUGUCUACUCGGACAUGCCUCCCGGCUCCUCCGUCACCUCCAUCAUCUCUCCCGAUGACGUCCAAACCAACCAACACAACAAAAACAACUUCCAAACUUCUUUCUUACUCGACCCUCCUCCUCAUCAACAACAAGACAUUCCCCAUCUGGUGUCUAGCGUCAAUGUCAGUGAUCAUCAUAGUUAUAAUUACUUCUCUGCAAUGACGACUUCUGGUGAGGAUGACAUCUGGGGGUCUUCUGGUUCGGGUUCGGGUUCGGGUUCGGGUUCGUACGCUCAUCAUUAUCAUCAGCUGCAGCAGCAGCAGCAGCAGCAGCAGCAGCCAGAGCAAGGUUUGAAUGUCAAUGGUGUUAGUAGUAAUAAUGAUCACGAGCUACCACCGUUACCCAGCUGCGAGAUGUCUGGUUGUGAAUACUGGGGAUAUAAUAAUCAAGAAUACGAAGGUGGUGGGAGUGAAGGAAUGGUGACAGGGUUGACGGAGCAGACGACAGGGUUGGAGAUGAUGGAUUCAGCCGGUUCCUACUUCGACUUCGAUUCGAGCCAGUACGUGCACAGUCCACUGUUUAGCAGGAUGCCGACUGUUUAUGAUACGCCGGCCGAUCCUUUUGAUUUGGGCACCUCUUCUUAUUUUUUCUAA